AGUCUCGGAGACUAGUCGCCGCGAAGUAUCUCACAUACAUUUAUAUGGACACUCUCACAUUACGAUACUGGUAUUCUACGCGUUCGCGACUAGUCUCGCGAUACCCGCCGUGUUGGUCGCUUGUGCGUCGCGUCUCGCGCGUUUCGACAAGAUGGCGGCGGAGCAAGAAACAAAUAUUAAGUUUGUACAAGAAAUUGAAAAACAUGCUUGUUUAUAUAACUAUAAACUACCUGAAUACAUGCGAAAAAAUAUAAUAGACAAGACUUGGGCAGAAAUUGGGAACAAAUUUCAAAUAACAGGAUCAGAAGCUAAAGAAAAGUGGAAAAAUCUACGUAGUGUUUUUGUUCGCCACUUGAAACCGGCCAAAAGUGGAGCAGGUACUGCACAAAAAAAACCAUACUACUUAGCAGACUAUAUGCAAUUUACUGUACCCUUCAUAAAAACAGCAGGAAAACCAUCAGGAAAUUUGAAAGAGACGAUAGAACCACAGACACCUGAUCUUGAACUAUGUGAACAAACACAGUUCACAGAAAAUGUACCUACAAGCACUCAACCAAUCUCGCAACAGCAAUCAUCUCUUCCUUCUACUAGUACAAACACUCAACCAAUCUCGCAACAGCAAUCAUCUCUUCCUUCUACUAGUACAAGCACUCAACCAAUCUCGCAACAGCAAUCAUCUCUUCCUUCUACUAGUACAAACACUCAACCAAUCUCGCAACAGCAAUCAUCUCUUCCUUCUACUAGUACAAACACUCAACCAAUCUCGCAACAGCAAUCAUCUCUUCCUUCUACUAGUACAAGCACUCAACCAAUCUCGCAACAGCAAUUACCACCACCAUCAACAAAUAAUAAAAAAAAACGGAAGAAGCUGGAAGAAACUCAAGCCGAGCAAGACAUUUCAGCUUAUUUUAAAUUUAAACAAUCUAAAAUUCUAGAAAACUGUGACAGUACUGAAAAUUCAAACAAAAUGUUCUUACUGAGUUUACUAUCGGACGUGAACAAAAUGACUGAUAGUCAAAGAAGACUGUUUAAGAGAAGAGUGCUUGCAUUGAUAGACGAUAUAAUGGACCAAAGUAGUGAAAAUAUGAAUAGUCCCAUCACACUUUAUUCUACUCCUUCACCGAUGAGUGCUGCCGAGGUAAUAAGUACGCCAAUUACCAUAAACGAAAGUCUGAAUGUAGUACAAUCAAAUACUGCCAGUCUUUAUUAUGAAUCAAUACCUAUGUUAUUAUCACAGGAAGAUGAAGAAUAAGUAAUAAUUAUAAAGUACUUACAUAUUAAAAUUUAAUAAACAUUUAAUUACCUACAUAUGUCA